GUAUAAGCUUUAGUGGUGAUGGUGAUGAAGAAUUUAAAUGAAUUUUGAAGAGCUGUAGCGAACACAGGGAUAACUGCAUAAAUGUAGAGAUAAGAAAGUGAAGUACCGACAGCAAAUUCUGUAAGAACGAGCGCUGUGAUGUGACAGUUGGAAUAAGGAAUAAAAGAAAAAAUUGUUGCCUCCAUGGUUGACGAAAAUUUGAAGACGUGAAGAGAUGGGUUUUGAAUUCAAAGAACUUGAAAACGAACCGUUUGUAUCGUAUAUCAACAAAGAAUACGAUGACGUCGACAUAAAUGACAACAAUGGUCAAAUUUUAUCUUCAGAGAUCACGAAUGAAAGACUUGAGAACACAACAAACUUGCAAAAUGGUACGAACAUUUGCAAAUCUCUUAUAAAAAGUACGUGGAUGACAAUCCAUCUCCUCUUAGCGAUCAUUCCAUCAACUGCUAUGGCCAUGGCACUAAUAUUCCUGUCAAUUAACACCACCUAUGGAUGUUUGCAAUGGCAGAAUCAUUACAACAAGACCCUACCGUUGUCUGUGAGACGUACACGCGUCUACGGUGACAAUUUUCAAACCAUGGUGAUAUUUUCAUGGUACCCACUUACUAUGAUCUUAUUAUUCAGUUGGAGAGAAUUCAAAACGAAGUAUUUAUCUGUUGCUUAUAUUGCGGUAAUUUUUGGUCUGUUAGUAGUGAUAUAUGAUCAGAUAUUGCUGGAGUUUCAGCUUUAUAACACAGAAAUGUAUUACAGAUAUCCGAGAAACGUUGUUUUUUGCGUUAUGAUCGUGUGUUCAGCUUCCGUAAUGGUUUACAACAUCCGUUCCAGCGACAACAUGAUUUCAUAUUCGAAUGUUCACAUAAUGGCUGUCAUUCUUAUCGAAGUCAUUUUGUGUGUUAUAAUUUCAUAUAUCUACAAGUACGGAGCCAUUGUUAUUUUUAACAAAGUACAAGAGCCGAGGGUCAAAUUCUUCAUCGCUGCCUCGCCUGCAGUGAUGACUCUCGUUCCUGCUCUGAUAUGUAUGCAAAUGGCACUGAGAAAAAGUUCAGAGCUUGUUCACCCUGGCCGUUGUUUUGUCCUUGUCUACUUUAUCCGAGGUGGAGCUAUAUUUUUGUUUCGAACUAUGCAAUCUGAUUUCCAAAGUAUUUGGCUAUUUGUUGGUCUUUCACUAUCGUCAUCGAUUUCAGGUUUUUUCGUGAAGACCACACGACAAAUUUGCUUCAAUUUUUGGAAACGUACGAUCUCAAAAUUACACUCCCUGGGCUAUUUCCUACGAGUUCGUGCAUUAACGUGGGACACAGCACAUGCAAGACGUUUGCAAGCUGACUUGGAAAUACAAGAUAUGCUUUUUGAAUACAGCACUAUCGUUUUGAGUCAAGCUUACUUUACUUUUUACCACCUUCAAAGUUUUGAAAUACAAACAUGGCCGCUGAUUUUAGAGUUCCUUGAAAGAAUUGCAAUUGGUCUCGCCAUUGAAUUUAUUUUUAACUGUUUAUCAAAUCAUGUUCAGAUGUAUCACUACAACAUUCCCAUUGGCCGUGUGUGGAGAAGAUACUGGAAAAGACACUUGUUAGCUAAUUUCAUUUUUGUGUUUGUCCUUAUUUCAUAUUUUAGCAGAGACUUCAUGUCAGUAUUUCAAUCACGUUAUCAGGAGACAAGAAAUGAUAUCAGGAACUGUACAACAAUAUUUUGAAUGAACAUUGAUGAACUUGUUGAAAAUCAAACAAAGACUACAUUUCAAAUGUAUUUUGUCACACAGCCGGGGACAUCAAAUUUGUAAAUAGCUUCUUGAUUUCUUCGCAAUAAUACGUUAGCCCGUUAUUGACAAGGUCCAGCAAUUGUAUAUGCACCAAGUAAAUUUGUUUAAAGUAAUUUUCCUUUGCGCUAUCAUGACACAAAGCAACUUUCAACAUGUUUGAAGCCUUUUUCAUCACGGAACACUAACAUACGAAGGUCAUCAGCAAUAAUUUAUAUUUCCAAGUACAUGAUUUGAGUUUACUAGUUUAGGUAGUAUUUUCGAAGUUUUUAACAUUAUAUGUAUUUGCUUAUUGAACUUUAUUUAUUAACCUUUAAUUCACUGCUUGUUGACGUCGCGAUGUAAAAAAUAAUUAUCUAAAAAGUCAAUGGAGAUUACAACAUCGA